GCUUCUUGGAUGCAGGAAGGCCAGGCGAAGGGCCUCUCCGUCAAGGUACGGGCCUUUGCGGCAGUUGCAAAGGCCUACGCUGCCAAGGGGAGGCUGAUUCUUGCAGCCGGCACGCUCACGCAGAUGCGCCAAGCAGGCCACAGGGUGACGGCCUCCACCUGGGCCACCCUCCUCGCGGCCUUGGCGACCGGCCCAAAACGGCCGGGAGAGGCCGAGCUGCUUUUGCGGCAGAUGGCUGGCAUUGACGUCAGCAUCCCAGGGCGAUUCGCCUUCGACUGCCUGCGGCGAGCUUUGGGUGCGAGGCGUCUCCGCCUUCUUCGCCAAUCCCUCUUCGUUGGGGUAGGACCAUCACCGGCUGUCGAGGAGGACAUGGCCAACGUUUGCUGGGACUCUCUGCAGAAGUUGUGGCAAGAUCAUCUCGACGGAGGAUACGAGCGAAAGCCAGGUGCAGGAUGA